CUUCUUGAAUCACCCUUCCAGCUUCUGCAGACUGCACUGUAACUGACUGACAACCCUCACCCUGCUUUUGUCUCUCUUUCUCCAUCUGUCUUACUCCUUCUCUUGUAAAUGUUUCCAUUCUUAAGGGAUGUCUGAACUAAAUGCAUGCUCCUCUCUUUAGUCACAGCUCUUGAAGUUGAGUUACAGCCACAAAAAGACAAGGCUAAAAUAGAACUCAAGUGCCUCAUUGGGGUUUGCAAGAGGGUGGGGGAUUUUUUUGAGGAAUCUCCUCCCAUUUAAACAAGAGAAACAGCGUGUUUGACGACACUCCGGAGUCUCACACUGCUUUAGAGAAAAGGUGUCUGGCAGGGCAAAUUCACAACGACAACAAGAACAAGAGUGAGGAAAGAAAACAGGAAGAGUUAGUAGCUGCUCAAGAAAAUCCAAUUUGACCCAAAGCUAUAAACUGACAAUGCAAGCGAACAAACCAAGCUACAAAAGUGCCAGACUGAGAGCAGAUUGUUUCCAGAUGUUGUAACUUGUCAUUUUUUUUACCCCCACAGCCUGUCCAGCUGCUGGCUGCUGCUCAGUGAUGAGAGAGUGUGUGUGGUGAGUGAGCGAGCGGCAAGGCUCAGGAGCAGGGCCGGCACCCAGGCGCAGACUUCCUACACUCCAACACACUUUCUACAUCUGGCUUUAAAGGAUUGGACACACACGCAGCCAUGUUGCAGCAGAUCCUGAAGGAAAUGUACAUCGACCCAGAUGUGUUGGACGCUCUGAAUGAAGAGCAGAAGAAGACGUUGUUCCUGAAGAUGCGACAGGAGCAGGUCCGACGCUGGAAGGAGCGCGAGGAGAAGCUGGAGCGGGAGGAACCACGCAAACCCAAACCUAGGCCAGCUCACAGUAAGAGUGUGAGUUGGCUGUUGGGCUGCGAUGGUGACGUGCAAGUCAUCGUCAUUGGAGAGAUGGAUGAGUUCAAGUCCUCCAAGAUCCUCCGCUCAGGGCUUGGCGAGAGAAAAGCUGCUAGUCUUCGCAACAAUUCCCACAACCAGGAAGCAAGUUUGAAGAGUAACCUUGUAAGCCGAACGUCCACAGAACCUGUGCGAUCAGGCAGAGAGAAUCUCCCACCCAAAACAUUGUCCGGAGUACAGCUUAAUUUAAGGGAGAACAGUGAAGAAGUGAGGACGCUGCCCCCUCCACAGGUAUCAGCAUGUGAACAAAAGCCUGCAUCUCCUGUUGAGAGCGUUAAAGAAACAAAAGAGGAAGAUGACACAGAAUGCCCUGAGGAUGACACACUUUCUCUGUCCUCCAUUUGCUACCGACCCCACCUGAUGUCAGCCAGCGUCCUGCACAGCCUCGCACCCCAGGACACACAGCAGAAGACCACGCCACUGUCAAUCACAAGCAGGCUAUGCUCAGUUGAAGCUAGCGAGCCUCGUAUUAGCAGAGGGAGAGAUUUCCGUGUGAUGUCCGCCUCCAAACGCAUUGAAUCUGGAGUAGGUGGGGAAAACCAUGUGGGGCGUGGCCGCGUGGCUGAGCUGAUGAAGACCUUUAGUGUGUCCAAUGACUCCACCUGCUCACAACCUCCACUCAGAUCCAACAAACCACCCGUCCCGAAUAAACCCAGCCACUUGCAGCAUCUUCCCUCAAACUCGUUCAGGUAAUCAGCGGAGCUCACAGGAUGCUCAGACUGCCUCUCUCAGGAACACUGCUCUAAUUGCACAAGCAGCACAGCAGGAUGAGGGGUUCUAGCAAUUUUUGAAUUACAAUAUUUUGUAUAAUUGUGCUCUUGGGGGGCACAAAAUGCAAGAAAUCAUUGUGUAAAGUUUUUACACUUUUGUUACAGACAGUUUUAUACUGUUGUUUUCUGUAUUUGUAGGGAUUUCAUUGACUUGUAUUGCAAAUCUGUUUUCCAUUCUUAUCCAGAAAUCUGUAUUGGUGUAUUUGAUAUUAUAUUCUUACAAAUUGUGCAACAUUGGAGGGGAAUUCCGCAGUAAGAUAAUUUUCCCACAGUUGAAGCAAUUGGCAAUCUGUGUUAUGAUGAGAGAAAAUGCAGCCUCUCUGCAUGAGCUGCUUUGUGAUUUUCCACGUUUUUGAAAUGGAACAGCCAGCGGGACUAAUGAGAUGAUGCGUGUUGACGGGUUUAUUGAGCAAAAACCGGCAACAUUUCCUGUCUCAAAGCAUGUUACAUUUCCAAAUGCUUUUUCUCCCAUCAUUACUGACAAAUUACUUCAAUUACUUCAGUUUUUGGACAGAACGUCUCCGUAAAGCCAUGUUGUUUAUGUCAGCUUUGCAGUGUAUGAAAGUUUUUUGAAGAUGUUUCUAGAGUUCUUCUAUACCAACACAUUUACCCAGCCAUAAACCAACACAUUAAGGAAUAUUGAUUACAUGGUUUACAACAAAAACAGAACAAUUACACACUUUUUCGCUUAUUGGCUAUUAACUCCUGCAUAGAACUUGAUCCCGAGGAGAGGACGGCACAUCCCCUCAGCUUUAAAGCAAAUGAAGUGGGAACACACAGCAUUGCUGUUCUUCAGUUACAGAGUGUACUUUCAAGAGGCCGUGCAUGUGCUGAUUCACCAGCACAGAGAGCUAUUUCUUCAGUUUAGGCAUCACAUCGGCAAAAUAAGUCACUUUGCAACAGUCAGCACUACUCACCUGACGUGUGUGUAUACUGCCUCAGACAGAUCAUGAAGAGCCAAGCCAUCAGUACAGGUUGAGCAUGGCCUCCACGUUCAUUAACGCUGACGAGACCCUUCCUUACAGUGCUCUAUUGCAUGGCUAAGAGGGUUGAUCAAGCACUUCAGGGAGCUGUGGCCUCAGAUUGCACUUUUAAAUAAAGGUUCUUAAAAGGUUCUUGAUGCUGUUGUGGGAUUUCUGAAUGAAAUGGGCACUUAUCAGCCUGGGCCAUGUCAAGAUGGUACCUUAAAUAAAGCUCAGUGAUAAACACAACAUUGCAGAUUCAAAUCCCUGGCACGGUGCACCAAAGAUCCAUGGAGUCUUCUGAAGAUACAAAAUCUUGGACCUUUCAUUGGUUUAUUUGAAGAAGAUAUAAGGGAGAGCUGGCGGAAUUGUAACAUUUUUUGGGUUGAGUUAAAUUAUUCAACAAUGCUUUCACUUACAGACGAAUUUACAUACAAACAUACAUUAGGAAAAUCAAUGUUAAACCAUCACACAUUCACUAAUCUGGGUGAUACAGUGUGGACAGUAUUAAGUCAUUACAAAAGAAGUGCAUGCAGAACAAUCACCCAUUUAAAGACGUUUUGCAACUGAUUGAUGAUGCAGAGCUCAAAAAGACAUUAUCCUUUUUAUUUUUGUUUGUUUUCCUUUUUUUUCCAUUUCAGUUUUUUUUGUUUGCUUGUUAAAUGAUAGUAAUCAUGAUUUCUGUAGUAUGGUAUAUCGUUACAAUGGUUUAACCAUAUUUUUUUGAUUUGACAUCUUUAUGGCUGCAUCAAUUACAGUUCAUUCUGAUGAGCACGGAUAGCAUGCGCUAUCAGCAUGGGCAUCAUUUCUGACUCAAUGCUGCCAUCUUUGAGAGCGUCUUUAGCAAGAUACUGUAGAGUUUUAAGUGAUGUUACAAUUGUAUUGCAGACCGCACCCAUGAUUUCUCACAAUCCUGCAAAAAGAAGGAUCAUGUACAAAAACUGAAAACUAUGCUAACAAUUAGCGCACAGCAAAGUAUACACAAUAGCACAGAUUUCCGUUUUUGAACUACUUCCAGUUUCGUUUUUUGUUUAUCAGACUUUUUACAGAUAUCUCCAGCAAGAGUGGAUGAAUCCCAGUGUUUGUAGUUUAAAGGAAAAAGUGAUUAAGAGAAAUGAUGUACUUGUGUAUGCUUGUAAAUAAGUCACAGAUGCACGCGUGCACUUAGAGAAAACAAGUGUGUUACCCUGCGCUGUUACAUUGAUCCUGGAUCUCCCCUAUAUAUGCAGUAUAUAUACAGUAUAUUAACAUAGCAGGUCACUAGUAUGACCACUAUAAUGUAUGAUGGUUGCAAGACCAGCUUUACCAGCAUUUUGGUAGUCAAACAGCAUGGUCAUUAACAUUUACUGCUUCCUUGGUUUACAGCAUGCUGAAUCCCAUGCUAGUCCAAAGAACUCAUGGAAUCAAUAAUCCUUAAUGGCCAUGCUAUUCGAUGCCAAGUUUGGACCACCAUGCUGGUCUUAACUGUUUUUUUUUUUUAUUUAAUUUUUUUUUUAUUAGCAUGGGGGUACUUUAUACCAUGAAUAUCUUCAUAGGUCAGAGUUUUGAAACUCCUUUACUGUAUGACACCAACAAUUGUUUUUCUAUUGUUUAACGUAACGAGUGCAAGAGCUGUAUUGUUUUGUGCCUGAUUCUCUUUCAUUCUAUGAAAUCCUGUCUGUGUGUACAAAGUUAACUUCUACCUACAUAUGGCAAGCCAAGCUCCUUUUCUUCUAGCUUUUAUAAUCUAAUUAUUUGCCAUUCAGAUGUCAGCCAUCUUUGAUACGUUCCCCCACCAUUACUAGUUUACUGUGGGAGUAUAAUAUUUGAUUGCACUUGUUUUUCUGCUGUGUUAUGUUUGCACCAUUGAGAGGGUUGUUGUUUAUUGUUUCUCUGUAUGGAUUGAUGACUUGAGUGAUUUUAUGUGAGGAUGAGUGUUAGAUAUUGUCUCUGUGAGCAAUGCUCUCAGUUCAGCAAUAAAAUGAUCAGAAUCCUCCAA